AUGCCGCUUGAUGGAGAUGACAACGUGACUUGGUUCCCACCAGACACUCUUUUGAAAGAUGAGCUCCCUGGAAUGUCGACUCGUAUUGCGGUUUCAUUUGCUUUCAUGUCCCAAGGGGAACUAAUUGAGUUGGACGAGGAAAUAGUAUCACAUAACCGUUUUGACCAUAUUGAGCUUUUGGCAGCCGUCGGCAACGGACUGGACCGAGAAGGCAUGUUUUCGCAGGCUGUAUGUUCAUCGAAUGUCAACCAUCUGUCGCCUUCAGAAUGGGGACCGAACCGUGCGUCAUGGUGCACAUCCAAAGCGCUAUACUACUUGACUGUCCCGCACCCUGAUUAUCAUGAUACUUGGAUGCGCACCUUGAAGAGUGUAUGGCCAAAGGAGAAUGUCGAUGUAAAGCCCUGGCCGCUCGAAGGUUGUCGACCCACCUGGUGGUCUGCAGAAUACAAACACGAUUGGCCUUUUGAUCCUCGACAGGACAAGGGCUUCGGUGGACUCUCGCGAGGAGCUUCUUAA